UGAGAUGACUCAAUAUCGACAUCGACUGAAAGAUUGUUGACAUAUGUUGUUUUUAAGAAAUGCUUUGUGGUUGUUCGUAAAGUUUCCGAUUCCAAUAAGAAAAUCUGUUUUGUAACAUUUUUAAAUAACUUUGUUUUAAUAAAUAAUUACACACAUUUUCAAUGGCUGACCAGCAACAAUUUUUUCUAAAAUGGAACGAUUUCCAAAGCAAUAUGGUCUCGUCGUUUCGGCAUUUGAGAGAUGAGAAAAGCUUUACAGAUGUUACUUUAGCCUGUGAAGGGCAAACCUGCAAGGCACAUAAAAUGGUUUUGUCAGCUUGUAGUCCUUAUUUUAAAAGUUUGCUGGAGGAGAAUCCUUCAAAGCAUCCAAUUAUAAUUUUGAAAGAUGUAGCUUAUAGCCACUUGCAAGCAAUUCUGGAGUUUAUGUAUGCUGGUGAAGUAAAUGUGAGUCAAGAACAGCUGCCUGCUUUUCUGAAAACUGCUGAUAGACUUAAAGUUAAAGGACUAGCCGAAGCCCCUCAAGCUAUUAAACGGGAAUAAUAUGCCUUUACCAAAUUUUUAGCAAGUCAGAUAAUAAUACCACCUAAUAUAAUGAAUAUAUUUUUGGUAUUUUAUUUUUAGGUAUACAGGAUCAUUUAUGGUUAUAAAAUUUUUGAAAUAUUUAUCUGACUUGCCAAAUAAGAUAUUUUUAGAUUUUUUGGAAUAUAUAUAUAUAUAUAUAUAUACAACUAAUGGGUAUUAUACUUAUUCAUUGCGGUAUGCAUUAGGUAAUACAAGGUUAUUAUCACAAUUUUAAGUUAAUAAUUUAUAAUUUAAGUGAAAUAAGAAUAUUUUUGAUGUUACAGUUUGAUAAAUAAUAGAAUUUAUUAUGGACAAUUAAUUGAAUUAAUAUUUUAAGGUUUUUAAUAGUAUAUAUGUAUGUAUAUAUAUAGGCACCAUAUUGCCUUUGAUCUCUUAAGUAUAUUAAUUGGAAGAAAUUCUUUUUUUCUAUUAUUCAUCAAAUAAAAGCAAUUUAUUGAUGCGUGAGUAGUGAGUACUGGUAAAAUAGGUAUAAUAUCCAACAUUUUAAAAAUACAGAAGUAAUAUUCAACCAAUGCGUUAAAUAUAAAUUAAUAAACAAGUUUGAAAAUUGCAGGAUAGUUAGUUGACUUUUAAUAUAAUUAUGGGCAUUCUGUAAUUUUUUCAUAAUGCACUACAUCUUUAAUUUUUAUUUGUGCAUCUAUGUGUUCUAAUUAUUUUAGUAAUAAACAUUAGGUGCCUUUCUUAAUGAUAAAGAGUUCGAAAAAUAAAUUUAAAAUAAAAUCUUGAUGAUAUAGUUUGGUGGUAAGGAAGGCAUUUACUGAUUUGUAUAAUGUACCUUUUCUUUCUCUUAAAGAGAAAUAUAUUAAGUAACCUUUUUUAUAUGUAUGGAAAAUUCUAAUAGCCUUUAAUUUCAUAGAUAUCUUAUUGCAUUGGAUUAGUACACUUACAUAUUUUAUAUAACAUUAAUUUUUUCAUAUUAUUUUUAUAUACUGACUUUUUAUUUGGUUGAGUGGGCUGUUACAUAUAGGAAUUAUUUAUAGAUUUAACUCUUUCUCUAAUUUCAUGCUCUAUUCAAUAUUAAUAAUUGUUACCAUACUGUCAGACAUCAAUUAUAUCUGUUAUUAUACAUAUUUUUCUUUUUUAUUAAACAGGCAAAUGGAUAUGAUUUUGGGAAAUAAAACAGAUAUAUAUAUGGAAUAUUUAUUUGUUCUUAUGUUUUUUUUUAUGUUUUAUAUCCAAAAUAUAUAUCUUUAAUUUGCUUGAUAUAUUUAACAGACAUGUGGAUUUGCUUAAUCAUUGGAACAAGCAGAUCUGCCUUAGUGCAAGUGUGAAAAUAUAGAGAGAUUUUUUAUUA